CUAUUUAUGAAAUUAUAAUUAAUACGAAUUUUUAUGAUUGAAUACUAGAUAUCAAUUUAUGUACGGUUCAUAAAAAUCAUGCAAAUAUAGAAUUGUUGUUCAUAAAACAUUAUAAAUAACUGAACAAGAUAAAUAAAACUAUUAUAGUUAAUGAAUACCUUUAAAAGUAUUCGAUUUGAAUAUUCUUACAUGAAAACAUACGAAGAUCGAUGUUUGCGGAAUAGCUUAAUGUAUCCGGAAACACUGUGAAUAUAACCUAAAUAAGAUUACGUAGUAAAUUUUCACGGUUUUAAACAAAGUUCAUGGAAUUUUUAACGUACAAAUCAUGUAUAAAUAUUCUAAUAUUCAAUAUCAAUUCAUUUUUUGAUUAUAUAUAAUUUUAUAUUUACUUCUUAUAACUGAGAUGUGAAAUAAAAGAAUUAAGUAAUUUAAUACAUAUAAAUAUCUUACAUGUAUGUAUAUACCAUACACAUAUAUGUCAAGUAGCUAUGUAUAUCUUUUUUUCAGUGAUUAAUAAGUAUUUUGUAAUUUUAUAAGACUUUGUGUUUCAUGUAUAAAUAACCAAGAUACAAUAACAUAAUUUAUAUUUAUAACAAUAAAACGUCAUAAAAAAAUAAGCGAAUAAAUAAACAUGUCAGAUACAGAAGAUUAUAUGUCAGAUAAAUUUUUACAUGGAAUUGAAAAAUCUACUUCAUCGAGUCUCAUAUAUCGACAUGCAGAUAAAAGAAAAUUUGAACUUAUGAAGAAGAAAACUCAAAUUGAAACAAAAUUGAAUGAAAAAAAUAGCAUAAAACAUAUUGAGGAAGAAAAAAGAGAAGCAGGUUUAUCCUCUGCAAUUACAAGUUCUAAUAAAGGUUAUGAAAUGAUUAUGAAAAUGGGAUAUAAACCUGGUCAAGGCAUAGGUAAAACAGGAUCAGGAAGGAUUGAACCAAUUAGCCUUGAAGUAAAAUUAGACAGGCAAGGUUUAGGAGAAGGAAUUGCAAAAAAAGAAAGGAAAAAGAAAGAUAAUUCGCAUCAGGAUAAAUUAGAUAAUAAGAGUAUGAAGGAUUUUCGAGAUAGAAUCGCACAAAAAAGAACAGAACAAUUGUUAAAGACAGACUUGUAUAAAAGUCAAAAAGUUUGUCAGAAAUUAGAUAUGCGACAAGAGAUAAAAAAGCCUAGAGAAAUGUGGUUUUGGUUACCUCAAGAUAAUGAAGAUGAUGAUAAUAGUGAUGCAGAGGAAGAUGAUGAUAUUUUGCCUGUUAGUGGAAAACUUGAAAUUUUAACUAAAUAUUUAAGAGAAAAAUAUUUUUAUUGUAUUUGGUGUGGAGUAGCACAUCUAGAUGAAGAUGAUUUAAGAGAUAAUUGUCCAGGAGAUACAAGAAAUGAUCACUAAUGCUAUUAAUUUGUAUUACUUCAAUGAAAAGUGCAUAUAAAUAAAAAAAAACAAAAUCGAAA